AUGGGGACAUUUACAUUCCAAUGGCCUUACCGUGCGAAUGAGGUGUUCGUGACGGGCACCUUCGAUGAUUGGGGUAAGACGGUGAAACUGGACCGGGUGGGCGACCUCUUUGCCAAAGAGGUCGCGCUGCCUGCAGGGGAGAAGAUCCAUUACAAGUUUGUUGUCGACGGCACUUGGACAACCGACAGUCGUGCGCGAGAGGAAAGCGACGGCCACAACAACACCAACAACGUGCUCCUGCCGGAAGACAUCAUCCAGGACCAUUCCCAAGAAACGUCGACCCACGACACCACCACUCCAGCAACCAUGUCUGGUGUGACCCCUGAUGCCACUACGGCUGCUCUCGCCGCCCAAGUCCCCCGGGAGCCCAAUGGGGACCUGCCUGGGACCUUCCCUGAGACGCCGGCACAGGAAUCCGAACCCUCCCUGUCUGUCGCCCCUAUCCCCGCCUCGGGUGGCUACGGCAACCCGAUCAAGCUGAAUCCGGGUGAGAAGGUCCCGGAUCCCAGCUCCAUCCACGGCAACACCGUACAAUCGACCGUGAAAUUGGACAAGGAGUCGUAUGAAAAGGGCGACAGCGUGCCUCUCGGCAGCGCUGGCACCCAGAGCGAUACGGCCGGCUCCAGUACUUUCACCGUGCCCCCAGUCUCCAAGAACCUCAUCCCCGAAUCCAGUCUACCGAUCGGCGGUCCUGCCCAGCAGGCCGCCAUGGCUGACCCCGGCUACACCAUCCAGUCCGCCGCACCCACCUCGACCACCGCCGCCCUGGCGGCGCAGGUGCCCCUCGAGAAGGACAAACAGACCAAUGGCACUGAGCCUGCACAGGAGGUCCCACAGGUGGUGAAGGACUCGAUUGCCGAAGCUGAUCAGACCCCAGAGGCGGCCGCCUAUACGGAGGCGGUGGAAGAGAAGAGGGAGAUGGAGAACGAGCUGCACGCGAAGGUGCCCGUGGAGGAGUCCGCAGGUACGCCAGCACCCACUACCGCUGCGGCCACCCAGCCCACCGCGCCUGGUGGCGGCCUGGUGGUUCCCCUUAUCGACUCCUCCGAUGUAUCUCCGACCUCGACCCCUCCCCCCCGCCGUGUCGCGCCCACCUCUGCUCCACCCACCUCUGAGCCAGCGCCCACCUCUGCGCCAGCGCCUACCUCUGAGCCAGCGCCCACCGAGUCUCAGGCCGCCCCAACCGUGACCACAGGCGUGGCCACCUCCCAGACCGCGGAAAAGUCCACGCCCGAAAAGCCCACUCCCGAAAAGUCUACUCCCAAACAGGCCGCCAAUACCGCGGGCACUGGCGACCUCCACGCCAAGGAAGAGAAAAAGAAGAAGCGCAUCAGCGGAUUCUUCAGCCGGCUUAAGGAGAAGCUGAAGUAG